UUAAAUUUAAGAAUUAGAGAAUCAAGCUAUAUCCGACUGCCCUUAAAGAGAAUUCAGAUCUAAGAAUCACAUUGUCCUAGAAGUUGUCGAGAUUAUGGUUGAUGUCGUAAAAACUUUUAAAUCUGAGCUGAUUUUGCGCAAUUCCGACCCUUUAGUUAGGACGACUACAAUAGGCUAAUUACUUGUCGCUUCUAAUGAAGACCCAGAACUACGUUCAAUCACUCUAGGAAUCCCAGGAUACUGUAUUUGAAGGUCUCUCUAGAGGGUAUCUCCUUUUCAAUGUCUUUGCAACUAGUUUCUCCACGUGCACUCAUACUCAAAUGUGGCGGUGAGAUUGAGACGAUAGCCAUCUUUGAACUAAUUUUUGGACUCUCAAUUAACAGCUCGAAUCUUAUGCUCGAGGCUGGCAACAAGCAGGUGCAGUUAUGAUCUGUUGAAAUACUAUGAGUCUAUAAUACAAUAAACUUAUUUUAAUGCAUUAACAAAAAGAACUUUACCGAAAGUUAAAACUAAACAUUAGAUAUUACCUACAAAAACAAAGAUUUACUUUCUAAUUUCUGAUGAAGGAACUAGAAAGUAGAAAAGUAUCAUCGACAGCUCAAAGUUGAGCUAAAAGAACAGAUAAAGAUGAAGAAUAAAGGAUAAAAGCAUCUGUAUGAUCUGGGUCGUGUAUAAGCUUUAAUUUUUACUUCUAUAUCUAUCCACGUUCCACUACCCUUGUUGAAAUAGCUAAUGCAUUUCCUACAAAAAGGUCUCAAUAAAUUAAAAUUUUAAUAAUACAAUUGAAUAAACAAAUGGAGAGAAGGUAAAAGGGUGUGGUGGGGGAGGGGUGUCUGAAUUUCUGCAGUUUGCGCCUAAAGUCCUGAACAAAGCCAAGAAUCUUGAAAAGCAAGAAACUCAACCUAUUUUUGAAUUCUCAAAAAGCAAAUGCCUAAAGACUUUAAAUCAUUCCACACUAGUAGUGCCCCAAUCAAACCUCAAACCAAAUUAUGCCUUUAGUGUUUUCUAGAUUAUAAAAUGUAGGUUAACAAAGAAAUCAAGGUUUUAUAUAGAAGAGGUAGUAUAUACCACUACUAAGAAACUCACCAACCAGACAACUCUAGAAGCCAUACACGAGAAAUUCCAAAUCUCCAUUUAACCUCAACCGUUGGAACAACUGCUGAAGAUUUGUAAAGAAUCAUCUCCAGGCAUACUACUUAACGAGACACACCAUGAACAGUCGAGCAACUUUCAAUCCCCAAGAUGAAUUCAAAAUUAAGGACACAAAACCCCAGCUAGGGGAGCUGUGGGCACAUGGAGGAGUUCGCGGUGGGGGAGGUUGGAUCGGCAGUGACAGAGUCACAAGCACUUAUGACCUAGUUGAACAAAUGUAUUUUCUUUAUGUUCGAGUUGUUAAAGCAAGAGACCUGCCAACAAAUCCUGUGACGGGAAGCUGUGAUCCAUAUGUAGAGGUGAAACUCGGGAAUUACAAAGGCAGAACACAGCACUUUGCGAAGAAAACAAACCCUGAAUGGAACCAUGUCUUUGCAUUCUCAAAAGAGAAGAUUCAAGCAUCAGUUCUUGAAGUUUUUGUCAGAGACAGAGAGAUCAUAGCAAAAGAUGAUUAUCUUGGGAAGGUUGUUUUUGACAUGGAUGAAGUUCCUAUUAGGGUCCCACCAGAUAGCCCUUUGGCACCUCAGUGGUACAGACUAGAAGAUCGUCGAGGAGAAAGAAAGGUGAAAGGAGAGGUUAUGCUCGCUGUUUGGAUGGGAACGCAAGCUGAUGAAGCUUUUCCAGAAGCUUGGCACUCAGAUGCUGCUUCAGUUCAUGGAGAAGGUGUCUUCAGUGUCAGAUCAAAGGUGUACGUUUCACCUAAACUGUGGUACCUCAGAGUCAAUGUUAUAGAAGCACAAGAUGUAGAAUGUCAAGACAAAAGCCAACUUCCUCAGGUUUUUGUAAAAGCCCAACUUGGAAAUCAGAUGCUUAAGACUAAACUAUGCCCUACACUAACUACCAACCCUUUCUGGAAUGAAGACCUAAUCUUUGUAGUGGCUGAACCUUUUGAAGAGCAAUUAGUGCUCACAGUUGAAAACAAAGUGAGCCCUUUAAAGGAUGAACUUGUUGGGAGAUUAAGCUUGCCAUUACACAUAUUCGAGAGACGAUUGGAUCAUCGACCAGUUCAUUCUCGCUGGUUCGACCUUGAAAAGUUUGGGUUCGGAGUUCUAGAGGGAGAUAGAAGAAAGGAACUCAAAUUUUCAACAAAAAUUCAUCUCAGAGCUUGUCUAGAGGGUGGUUACCACGUGCUAGAUGAAUCAACCAUGUACAUCAGUGAUCAACGGCCAACUGCUAGGCAAUUGUGGAAGCAGCCAAUUGGAAUCCUUGAAGUUGGCAUCUUAAGUGCACAGGGGCUUCUACCAAUGAAAACUAAGGAUGGCCAAGGGAGAACAGAUGCUUAUUGCGUGGCUAGAUAUGGACAAAAGUGGGUAAGAACCAGAACAGUGGUUGAAAACUUCAGCCCCAAAUGGAAUGAGCAAUACACAUGGGAGGUUUAUGAUCCUAGCACGGUGAUCACAUUGGGAGUUUUUGAUAACUGCCACUUAGGAGGGAACGAGAAACCACAAGCUGGAAAUGGACCUGGAAGGGACUUCAGAAUUGGAAAGGUAAGAAUCAGGCUAUCCACACUAGAAACUGACCGUAUUUAUACUCAUUCAUAUCCACUCAUUGUCCUCCAACCAACUGGUGUGAAGAAAGUGGGUGAACUCCAACUAGCAUUUCGAUUCACGUGUCUAUCUCUCACACACAUGAUAUAUCUUUACAGCCGUCCUUUGCUGCCAAAAAUGCAUUAUCUGCAUCCUUUCACUGUAAGACAACUAGAUAGUUUGAGAUAUCAGGCGAUGAACAUUGUAGGAUCAAGGCUUGGGCGAGCUGAACCUCCUCUGAGGAAAGAGGUUGUGGAAUACAUGCUUGAUGUAGAUUCCCACAUGUGGAGCAUGAGAAGAAGCAAAGCUAACUUUUUCAGAAUGAUUUCAGUCUUGUCCGGGAUGAUCUCCAUAAGCAAGUGGCUUGGUGAUGUUUGUCAAUGGAAGAACCCCAUCACUACUAUUCUAGUCCAUGUCCUAUUUUGCAUAUUGAUCUGCUAUCCAGAAUUAAUCCUCCCAACCGUGUUUCUUUACAUGUUUCUGAUAGGCAUAUGGAAUUACCGGUUCAGGCCCAGGCAUCCUCCACACAUGGACACCAAACUUUCUUGGGCAGAAGCAGUUCACCUAGAUGAGCUAGAUGAAGAGUUCGACACUUUCCCCACCUCCAGGCCUCAAGAUGUAAUACGAAUGAGGUAUGAUAGACUAAGAAGUAUGGCGGGAAGAAUCCAAACAGUAGUAGGAGACAUGGCAACCCAGGGGGAGAGGUUUCAUGCUCUGCUCAGCUGGAGAGAUCCUAGAGCAACCAGCAUCUUCAUAGUUUUCUGCCUAUGUGUGGCAGUUAUUCUUUAUGUGACACCCUUCAAAAUAAUUAUAUUUUUAACAGGCUUGUAUCUACUAAGGCAUCCAAGAUUUAGGAGCAAACUGCCUUCAGCACCCAUCAAUUUCUUCCGCCGUUUGCCAGCUCGAGUUGACAGCAUGCUCUGAAAUGUCAUUUUACAAGUUCGUUGUUUCAAUGUAUCAAUCUGAAUUUUUUUAAUGUUCAGUUAUAUUUGUUUCCGUGCAUCAAACAUAUUUCUUCCAAGUAUUUUUUUUUCCUGUCAAUUUCGUCUCGGUGUACAGUUCUUCAACUGCUUGUUAGAGUUAAUUUGAUUUCUAGUUUCCUGUA